AUGGCUUCGGAAACGUCCUACGCCGCCGUCGGCGUCAUCCUCUCCGUCUUGGUCGUCGCCGCGGCGUCCGCAGACCCCACGGCGGCACCUACGGCCGCGCCGUCGAGAAAGUACUCGCUCGAGGAGGCGUGCAAGCAGACGGCGGGGCACCAGGACUUGUGCGUGGCGACGCUGUCCGCGGACCCGUCGUCCAAGACGGCCGACACUGCGGGACUGGCCCGGUUGGCCAUCCAGGCGGCGCAGCGGAACGCGUCGGAGACGGCGACCUACCUCUCCAGCAUCUACGACGACGACAGCCUCGAGAACAAGACGGCGCAGCUGCAGCAGUGCCUCGAGGACUGCGGCGAGAGGUACGAGUCGGCGGUGGAGCAGCUGUCGGACGCGACGUCGGCGGUGGACACGGGGGCGUACAGCGAGUCGGAGGCGCUGGUGGUGGCGAGCCAGGCGGAGGUGAAGCUGUGCCAGCGGGGGUGCCAGGGCGUGCCGGACCACCGCAACGUCCUCACGGCGCGCAACCGCGACGUCGACCAGCUCUGCAGCAUCGCGCUCACCAUCACCAAGCUCAUCGGCGGACCGCCAUCGUGA